AUUAUCCAAAAGCAGAAGAAAUACAGCCUGGUGUUUUUAUUCUAAGGCACCUGAGCCCUUACGCUUUUAUUUCCAUGUCGUGGAUGUUGUGUGAAUAUGAACAUGUUUGAUCACACAAAGGCUGAUAUUUUCACUCCUUUGAAGAUAUUAAUGAUGCGGGGUAUCAUACUGCUUGUCCUUUGCCGUGUCGUUGCUGCCCAGCUGACAUUACAAGAUAUCGAGGUGAAAUGCGUUGAAAAUUACGAUUCACCUCCAACAGGUCAAAAUGCCACUCCAGCCGUCCUCAAAGACCUGAAAGUGGAACUGGUGACGGUGGGAGGAAGUAAUAUGAUGAACAUAAGCUGGGCUGUCGACGUUGACGUUUCUAUCAGCUGUCUGACGGGCAUCCGGAUCCGAAUCCAAGGGGAGGCCACAUACCUCUGUGAAUACAGCCCACCUUUGGCCAAGGCAAACCUCUUUAAACUAGAGGAGGUGUGGUUUCAUUAUCUGGUGCCGGCAUUCAGCGGCAUAAACUUCAUCCAAGCUGCCAAUCUGCCUCUGCCUCCGUCGGGGAGCGGCUUGUCUUAUAAGUAUGUCAGCCUCACCGUCCCAGAACCAUAUUUGCCUGCUGAACCGCGGCCAACAGUUAAGGCAAGCACCACUGAGAUCCCCAUCUCAGGCAGGACCACACCUCUGCCCAUUGACAAUGGAGGCCAGUUCACCAGCUCAGCAGUGGUCAUCUUUGGAGGACUGUUUGGACUGAUGGUGCUGAUUGGCUGCUUUCUCAUCUAUAAAAGCUGGGGAACAAGCCUCGCCACAUUGCUGGGUUUCAGCGAGCUGCCCACGUCUCUCGGGGUUCCUGUCUCGGUGCUCCUGGUGUACCCGGCGGAGACGCCUGCCUUCCAGAGGGCCGUGGUGGCCCUGGCCGAGUUCCUGCAGUGGCACGGUGGCUGCAGCGUGGCGGUCGACAUGUGGCAGCAGGGAAAGAUCGCCGAGCUCGGGCCGCUGCGCUGGCUGGCAGAGCAGGCCAAGGCUGCCGAGCGGGUGAUCAUCGUCAGCCCGCAGUCCAGCCACUGUCCUCCCAGCCUUUCCAUCCCGGGACAUUCCAUCCCCGCUGCAGCCCAUGACCUUUACCCCCUGGUUCUCAACAUGGUGGCGAGCCACGUGAGGAGCCCCAGUGAGCUGGCUAAGUUCUGGGCGGUGCAGCUGGGCGAGCAGGGCUCAGGUAGCCUGGCGGUGGAGCUGAGGGCCUGCAAGAGAUUUUGUUUGAUGAAGGACUUGAACAAGUUGUGCAGGAGUCUUCACACCAAGAGGCAGGACUCUAAGAGGACGCCAGGGCUGAAGCUCAGACCAGCGCUGACGUACAGUGUCAAGUCCACACUGACUUUAAGAGAUGCUGUCUGGCAGCUCUCCAGGCAACAAGCCAGCGGUGUCACGGCGACAGAGACAGAUCCACUGAAGACUGUGAUCUGUGUCUGAAAAAUCCAAAGAAAAAGUUACAGAGAAGAUGUAUAGUAUAAAAAUGUGAAAUGACAGUGUCAAGCAGUUCUAGACUUGCUUAACACUGUGUUUGUUAAUUCAUUCAUUCAUUCAUUCAUUCAUUCAUUCAUUUACUCAUUCAAGCAGGUUUAUAAAGCACAUUUUGUACACAAUGCAAUUCUAGGUUUACAUUACGAUAUGUAAAGGAAAUCACACAAAGAGAAACAAAAGUGAUAAGACGCAAAAAAAAAAACAAAAAAAACAAAAAAAAAAACAUCUGGCAGUGUUUGAAUGAAUAGAGAUGUGGAUGUUAAUUGAUUUAAAUAAUAUAUAUGCUGCAGACAUCUGAACUUUUCUUACAUGUGCUGAUGUGCUGGA